AAGCUGCACGCUCGUCGCGCUUCAACGGACCAGCGGACUUUUUUUCCCUUCUCUCAUACCAGACGAAGAAGGGGCGGAAACGAUACAUUUUCAACACAAACAGCGACGUUAUUACUGUAGAACUGCAAGUCAAAGCAUAUCGUGUUGUUUUAUUUCGGUUCGGGUGGAACUUUUAAAACCAGUGAGAUUGUAAGUCAUUGUGAGGAACCUGCUGGUCCCAAGGUCUACCUGAUGAGUAUGAGCCUGACUACAGAACCCUCUAACGAUGGUCCCACUGUUACAGAAGAGAGCAAAAUGACUUCAGCUGAGAAGAAGGACAAGAAGGCAGAUGAUGUGGCGGAGGAAGAGGAGGAAGAGGAAGAAUACGUGGUGGAAAAGGUCCUGAAUCGGCGAGUGGUGAAAGGGAGGGUAGAGUACCUUCUUAAGUGGAAAGGCUUCUCUGAUGAAGAUAAUACAUGGGAGCCAGAAGAUAACUUGGACUGUCCAGAUUUGAUCGCAGAAUUUCUGCAGUCCCAGAAAUCUGCGCACGACGGAAAGAGGAAGGCAGCCGGAGAUGCAGAUGGAGACGAAAGUAAAUCAAAGAAGAAAAAAGACGACACAGAGAAACUAAGGGGUUUUGCCAGAGGUCUGGAUCCAGAAAGGAUUAUUGGUGCCACAGAUUCUACAGGAGAACUCAUGUUCCUCAUGAAAUGGAAAAAUUCUGACGAGGCUGACCUGGUGCCGGCAAAGGAGGCCAAUGUGAAGUGUCCGCAGGUGGUCAUCGCGUUCUAUGAAGAGAGACUCACUUGGCACUCGUAUCCCACCGAAGAUGAGAAAAAGGAUGAGAAAAACUAACACAGGGCCAAGGGGCAGGGGCAAAGAAAGAAACUGUAGUUUUGAACUCCAUUGUACUUUCAACAGGAGAUUGGCAAGAGGGAGGAGGGAGGGAGGGGGGCAGAGACAAGCAAGACGCCAUUGGACUCAUUUGUCUUCUGGUGUAGUAUCACUCAUUUGACUCAACUUUUAUCUGGAUAUAAUCUAAAUGUAUAUAUGAUUCAGGUUUGCCUGACAAAACCCUGUCCAUUUGAAUUGUAAAACAGUGUUAAUUUCCAGUAUCCAUUCCAGUUUGAAGAAUUGCUCGGCUAUUUCAGUAUCAUUUUCACAUAACAUUUGGUCCAGUGCUCAGUCAUCUUGCCAUAACAUCGUAUCAGUGAGGUGAUGUUUUUAUUUCAUUAGUGUGCCUUUUGUUGUUUUUUUCUUUUUUCUUACUCGGUUCAUCGGUGCUUUUCAGGGCAAAACUGUGCUCAUCUUUGCUGUUUCCUUAGGACUCAUUUGGUGUACGGUUAUGAGCUCUUUUCAGUGAUUACUUUGGUCACAGGUAACUUUGUAGUGUUUUUCAUUAUAUAGUCUUGCUUGUCAGUUUUGGAAAAUAAACCACUUUUUGUUACUG